AUGGUGAGACCACGAGAAGGCUCGUCUGUCUCCUCUACCUCCGACUCAGAGCCUGAGGAUGAGAGCUUGAUAGGGUUUUUCGAGGGGAUCACUCAAUCAUGUGUCGAUCCCAACUUUUCAGACGGAGAUGAAUCGACUUUUCCUUCAACAUAUAUAUCCUGGGGAACGCCCUCAAAUGAGUUUAUCAAGGAACAGGCCGUGAAGUUCCAAAUAUCAUCUCGAUGCCGCAUCUGCAACCAUCGAGGGCGAGCUGGAGAGCUUGUCUUCUGCACUGGCUGCGGUAAUUCCAAGCGACCAGCACAUAGAGAAUGCUUGGCGAGGGAUCGGCAACACGUUAUGAGUCCUCGACGAAGACUUAGCGUUGGCGAGGAAGAGUGCAAAGAGGUGGAUUAUUCCGACUAUGUCUUCACUCGGUAUCUCCUCCAACCCCCUGAAUCCAAGUUAAAACUGGAAUUGCAUACCAAAGAUGCAACAUGUGCUUGGAUCGGAGUUCCGUCCCUACAGCGCUUUGAGAAGCCACAGAUCCAUGUUUGGCCUCGCCUUCAAGAUCUGCUCCAAAUGUCGCGAAACACCAAGCCCGGUCAGUAUCCUAAACUUGUCUCGUUUAUUGGCGAGACAGGUUCGGGGAAGAGCACUCUUAUAAGAACCAUGAUCCAAAUGGCUCGACCCGAUCACCCCGAAGGAGAGUCUGUUCCGGUGCCUGGGUCUCCAAGCGAUCGGUUUGCCUCCACGAGCAGUGAUAUCCACGCCUACAGCGAUCCCCUUACCCUCUCCACAAAGUAUCCGAUAGUCUAUGCCGACUGUGAAGGCUUUGUGGGCUCCGAAAAGCCCAUAGCCCAAGAGAUUAUUGCUGCUCUUUCUGAACCAAAUUGGCUAUUCCAGUGGGAAUUUGGGGAGGAUUCUGCCGAACAAAGAGUACUGAGACACUGGCAGGCCAAACAGGAUAAGCUAUUGAGACAGAUGAACCAGUUCCUGAACGGUGCUGAGAGCAGAAUCAAUGUUGAAUGGGGUAAACUCGACUACCCAGACCCACGAGCAUCUGUUAUUGUGGAAGACACAGAUGGGCGAAGGUUGUGCACUGUCCAGAACAAGACUCGAAAGCUCAUCGUCAAGUAUCUGUAUCCCAGAGUCCUCUAUGGCUUUUCGGAUGUAGUUUGUUUCGUCACGACCAACGGAAGGACUUCGGACAGUUUCUUGGGGCAACUAAUUGACUGGGCUCAACACUCACAUGACCGAAUCCUCAACCAGCGUACAAAACCUGCUCUUAUUGUCAUUCUCAAUAUCGUUGUUGAUAUGGACGACAGCUCAUCUUCUGAUGCGACGGAGGAUCUUCUGCGAAGUUUUCAAAGAACUGAACGUUUUCGAACACUACAGGCCCUCUGGAAGGAGAGAGAACAUCCAAUUAGAAACACCGCUGAUUUACUCCUUUGUUACUACAGCGACUUCAAAGUAGUCCUUAUCCCAGCCAUAAGUCCCAGGAGCACACCAGCCGAUGCGACCGCUGUUAGCAAAAGCAUCAGACAGCUAUACGAGACCAUCCGAGGAUCGGUAUCCAAGAUCCGCACUGCCAAGGCUGACAGUGGUACAGAAUCAGACUUGGCUACUCUCAACACUCACAUGAACAGAUCUUUGAGUGUUCUAGGACAGGACCUUCGCGCCGCACUUGAUCUUCAUGAUGUAGUAAUGAAUGAUUCAUCAAUCCCGACUCAGCUGAGCGACCAUAUGGCAUCAACCCUUCGUCAGAUGUGUAUCUUGCGAGAAAUGGACCGCACUGAUGCGAUCGGAGGUGAGGAAAGGGUUGUGGAAGAAUUCGCCCCCUACGUCGGUGCAUGUAUCGUCGCCCAAACUCGCCACAUCCAAGACAAUGAAAUACGAAAGAGGAGAAGGGAAGACCUAGUGACCGAAGCUCGAAGCGGUCUCCAGAAGUUCCGCUGGCGAUACUGGCGAUGUGAAGCUCUAGAGCGACGAACUGGCCGAAGAUGUCGAAACUAUUACGAUGGACACUACAAGGGUCACCAGUUCAACAGACCGGACAACGAUUUCGAGGACGUGGAGGGUCUCAACCGAAGGGGUGGUGAAUCAAACCACAGAUGUUCCUGGCAUCCUGAUCAGUUUCCAGAGGACGCAGCGCCACGCGUGUUAUCACUAGAUGGUGGAGGUGUCCGUGGUAUUGUCGAGCUUUGUGUUUUGCGUCGGAUCGAAAAGCACGUGGGCUAUGGCAUCGCAAUCCAUCAGCUUUUCGAUCUUGUGGUAGGCACAAGCACAGGUGGCAUCGUCGCUCUUGGUGUCUUCCACCAGCGUUGGUCAACGGACGAUGCCAUCAAUAGGUUCCGAGCACUGGCGCGAAGAGCUUUCACGCUUCGAUUGGGACUCGGGAACUCUUUUAUCAAAGCUAUUGCGCAGCCAUGGAACCCAAAAGCGGGCACUGAUGAAGCAGAAGAUUAUCUUUCUCGUGAAGAUGAGCAGUCGAAUGACUUCAAGAUCUGGGAAGCGGCGAGAGCGACAUCUGCAGCACCGACAUUCUUCCAGCCCUUCGUCCACCCCGAAACGAAACGAACAUAUGUGGACGGAGCUCUUAUGCACAACAACCCAGUAUCUCUAGCCUAUUCCGAGGUUGAUAAAAUUUGGCCUGGUUCCCUUCCUCCUGAUAUCAUCUUAUCAAUUGGUACUGGAUUGGUUGUUGAUCCCAAGUCAGGAAAGAUGAAGACAAAACACAACUCCAAGCUGCAAAAGAUCAAGGGAUGGAUUCCUAGAGGCUACCUCAUGCGAAUAGAGGCUGGACUGGGAAUAAUCCAGAGCUCGACUAGCUGCCACGAGGCUUGGAAAGAGUUCAAAAGCAUGUCCGUGUCAGACCGUCGACUUCGAGAAAACUGUCAUCGGCUCAAUGUUGGCUUGAAACAGCGCGUCGAAAUGGAUGAUGUUGAGAAAAUGGAUUCUCUUAUUGAAGAAUGUGAGGAGUACCUUUGCGAUGGUACAAACAUGUUCUAUUACGACAAAACAUACAGAACAGCCCCUGAACACCUUCACACAGUAGCAAGGCGACUUUUGGCAUCCUUGUUCUACUACGUUGGGCCUCUCGAGCGGACCAUGAAGAGAGGGAGAUGUGUUGGGAAGAUGUUUUGCAGAUUAGAGGCAGGUUCUGCAUCGGCGAAGGAACUGUUACGAGACAAUGUGCGAUUCCGGCUGGCUCAAAUUUCGGAAGACGGUACCAAGGCAGUAUAUCCUCGCAUUCUUCAUCAUCGGGAUAGUCCACGCUGGGAUCUAAGGGAUCUUUCAGCCCUUGUGGUUCUCAAGGUGGAAGAAGGGACGUGUAGGCGAUGGAUUGAGGUGAACCUGCCUGACUGGAGGGAUGAAUGGGAGCCCAUCUCUGGAUUCCAGUCUCGUGGGCGCACUAAUGUGUGA